UAUAAGAACUUGAAUAAGAAGAAAACAAAAGAAAAAAAAAAGGAAUUUGGAAAUGGGUAUCACUAUCAUGUCAUUUUCAUCAUCCUAUGAUAACUAGUAGUCUAGUUGUAUAUCACAUGAAUGGCCCCAUCUAGUUACUCAUAAGACUUUGUCAUGAUCAAUCUUUUAUGUUUUAAUUAGUUACUUUAUCCCUUUUGCUAUACAAGUUAGUUAAUGCCACUUGUUUUCGGAAAUCAGGAAACCAAAAGGCCUUCGGAUUAGUGAUAUCUGAUGUGACCAAAUAUUUAAGAGGUUGUCGUUCCUAUUCAUAUGGUAGAUUAUGUAUAUAUCUUAAUAGUUGUGAGGUGUAUGAAUGGUUGUUUGUAAAAUGAUUAUAAGAAUUUGACCAAUGAAAAAUCUUUCAGUUUUGCUAAGUAUAGUUUUUUGGCAAUUAUUGUAAAGAUCGAUAGUUAGUUCGCUAUGAUACGCCAGGCAGAAAGGUUCAGUAAGUUGGUUAGUUACUUCAGAGCGCUUGACGUUUGUCAAUUGUCAUUCAGGUCGAAAACUUUGUCUCUGCAGUCUAUCGUGGCUGAAUGUUUGAAAACAAUUUUUUCAUAUUCUUAGGAUGCUUGAUACCUUAUUGAGGCUGAGUCUUUGUAGUAUCUUAAUUAACACAACCUUGCAUAGAUUGCAGGAAUUUGAACUCUUAACCUCUACUCUUUUGAACUGUUUGAUCUAGGGAUUUCUUGACAUCUUUUGAAUUACCAAAGUUGUAUAUUUCUUUUUUCCACUUUGGAUACAAAAAAGGCCCCCAUUCGAUGAAUCUUUCUGCAUCAUUGUCAACCAGUAGUUGCAGUGACUCACCGAUCUUAGAAGCAUGUCGAGACGAGAAAGCUGCUUUCAUUCUCAAAUUUGUGGCCAUUGCUUCCAUCCUUUUGGCUGGAAUCAUUGGAGUUGCCAUUCCAUUAGUUGGCAAGAAAUGGCAACUUCUCAGAUCAGAAUCCAGUUUCUUUUUUGCCACUAAAGCCUUUGCUGCUGGUGUCAUUCUUGCUACAGGAUUUGUGCAUAUGCUACCAGAUGCCACAUCAGCCUUGUCUAACCCCUGUCUCCCUGAAGUUCCUUGGUCGAGUUUCCCUUUUUCGGGCUUCAUUGCAAUGAUGGCUGCUUUGGCCACAUUGCUAGCUGACUUCAUUAGUACUCAAUACUAUGAAGGUAAACAAGAGAAGCAGGUCCAAACUGCUAGAAUUGAGCCUGAUGAUCUAGCUUCAGUGGUGGUUCCAUUGCUUGGAAAAGAGAGUGUCACGGGUCCCCAAGGGGGUGAGAUUUACACUCUAGGUAUGAAUGGUCAUGCUAUUAAUGAUAGACACACUAAUGAAAAUGGUCAAAUGCAUGAAGACUCAGAGAUGCUUAGUGAUGAUGCAGAUGGUGUUGUAAGAAAUGUUGUGGUUUCACAGGUGUUGGAACUUGGAAUCGUAUCACAUUCAAUCAUCAUCGGCCUAUCACUGGGAGUUUCACAAAGUCCAUGCACAAUUAAACCUUUGCUUGGAGCAUUAUCUUUGCAUCAAUUCUUUGAAGGGUUUGCAUUGGCCGGCUGCAUCUCACAAGCCAGAUUCGGGAUCCUUCGUUCUACAAUGAUGGCAGGAUUUUUUGCGAUAACUGCUCCUAUAAGCGUUGGCAUAGGGACAGGUAUCUCUUCAUUUUACAAUCCUAAUAGUCCUAGAGCUCUGGUUAUUGAAGGUAUUCUGGACUCUAUUUCUGCUGGGAUUUUAGUUUAUAUGGCUUUGGUGGAUUUAAUUGCUGCUGAAUUCUUGACUAAGAGGAUGAAAAGCAAUUUGGGGGAUCAAUUAGUGUCUUUUAUUUCACUUUUCUUUGGGGCUGGUCUAAUGUCAUCUCUUGCAGCAUGGGCUUAAAAUGGCUCAUUGUCCUUAUGGUGUAACUAAUCUAACUCAAUCCCUGCCAACUGUUUAGUGCUAUAUUCUGUGAAUCAUUGUAAAUUAUACAUGAAAAGUUAACAAACGACCAACAAAAAUAUCAUGAUAUACAAUGUGCUUUUGUAGUUUUUUCUAA